AUGCUGAUCGACACUCUGGGGCCGGCCAUUGACCCCCUGCAUGCGGCGGCUUUCACGGACCACGUGGAGUGUCUUCAGCUGCUGCUAGGCCACAACGCCCAGGUCAACUCCCCCGAUGCCUCCGGGAAGACCUCCCUCAUGAUGGCUGCUGAGAACGGACAAACCAACGCUGUCGAGCUGUUGGUGAGCAGUGCCAAAGCAGAGCUCACCCUGCAGGAUGCAGUCAAGAACACUGCUCUUCAUCUGGCCUGCAGUAAGGGGCAUGAAACCAGUGCUUUGUUGAUAUUGGAGAAGAUUACAGACAGGAACCUCAUCAACUCGACUAACGCAGCCUUACAGACGUCGUUACACGUUGCAGACAGAAAUGGUCUGACAGUGGUGGUUCAGGAGCUACUAGUGAAGGGUGCUAGCGUGCUCGCAGUCGAUGAGAAUGGUUACACGCCUGCCUUGGCCUGCGCCCCCAACAAAGACGUGGCGGACUGCCUGGCGCUGAUCCUGGCCACCAUGAUGCCCGUGUCCCCCUGCAACCCGGCGCCCAGCCUGUCCUUCAGUGCCAUUAACCACUACACCACCAGCCCCUCCAAGAGUGUGACCUUCGACAGCCUGCCCGUGCUGCGCAGCGAGCACAGCUCCUACUGCAGCUUCAACAACAUCGGCCACCGCGACCACGAUGGAGGCUUCUACAAGGAUGAGGAACUCAACGACUCAGACUCAGAGACGUACUGAGGGUGGUGGUGGUCGCUGCCCAGGAGCGGAGCCAAGGGCAGGCGGAUGGACAGUGAAGUGGGGCAGAGGCCACAAACAAAUCCACACAUACACACCGUGUCUUAAAUCACCACAGCCAGCUUUGGGAGGGCACGAGCCGAGACAGUCCGCACAGGAGCCUUAAGAGUCCCGCAGAUGGAGAGAGAGAAAUGGAGGGAGGGAGGGAGAGGGGGAGGCACAACAGGCUGGCUGGCCACACUCAUCCUCUCGUACCACCAGGUGUCCUUCCAGCAGAUACUGGACUUCAGAGGAACUGCUGCUGCUAUACCCCACCUUUACCUUUACCCACAAAGGUCCUAAACGGUAGAAACUGUCCAGCCAACAGACAGACGGACACCUUAUGACGGCAAUAACCUGUAGUCCAAGGGGAUAGUAGCACUUCACUGAUUGAAAAACAGACA